AUGAAGACUCGUGGGAUUGCAGCAGUGAACUUCACAAACAGGAGGCUGCUCUUUCAGCGAUUAAAGAAGCCAUUCAAAGAAGAAGAUUCUGGGAAGCACCAUGAGUAUUCAAUCAGACCCGACACUUUUGCAUUCAAAGUAAGCAGUGAUAGGCUGAACCAGACGAUUGGAGCGACGCACCCACUACAAAAGGAUCUGGCCAGUGAGUCAUCCUUGAACCUUCUCGAGUAUAUCUACAAAAAUGCUACAAAUUACCCAUUCAAGAACCACAGUCCGCAGGAUGUGUUCAACAGAUACCCACUCACGAAUGCGGCAAAGAUGGGGCGUCUUAAGACGAGGCCACGGAAAGCGAAGAUGCUAGUAUCUGACUUCAUUGAGGAUUCUCUAUAUAACCCCAGCUAUGGCUACUUUUCGCAAGAGGUGGAGAUUUUUCACAAUGACAAGCCGUUUAAUUACAAUGAGAUCCAAGACGUGGACGAGUUCAUGGAGGUGUGGAAGAAGGCAUACUCGAAGUAUGACGAGCUAAACACAGAUGCAAAUAACGUGAGAAACGAACGAAAAAUGGAGUCUCCGCCGUCGACUGCAAAGGCUACAUCUUCCGGUAAAGCACUCAUCUCGUCUAAGGAUAUGAGGGCAUCUCCCACGUCGAAGUUUGCUAGAGCUGCUCAAACUGUCCACAGGCAAGAUUUAGUCGCUGCUGGGGGCCUCUCAGAAACAAAAAGAUCUCAUCAGCUUUGGCAUACACCUACAGAACUCUUCUCCCCACACUACGGUGAAGCUUUGGCCCGCUACAUUGUGGUCAAUUACAAGCUCAAUGGCCACUAUCCGUAUGACGAUCUUUUAAUUUACGAGAUGGGCGGUGGUAACGGAACCCUCAUGUGCAAUAUUUUGAACUUCAUCAAGCAGAACGAGCCUGACAUUUACAAUCGUACGCAAUACAAAAUCAUUGAGAUCUCCGACCAGUUGGCUCUAAAACAGUACUCGCAAGCACUUGGCCAGAAGCUUCUUUCUCAGGGACUAGAUCAGAAGAAAGUGCAAAUCAUCAAUAAAUCCAUCUUCAAGUGGGACAAAGUGAUUCAUGACCCGUGUUUCUUCAUUGCCUUGGAAGUGUUCGACAAUUUUGCUCAUGACCUUGUUCGUUACGACAUCACCACUGGCCAGCCCCAUCAGGGCUACGUCUUGGUAGACGACGCUGGUGAUUUCUAUGAGUUCUUUACACCCGAGUUGACUCAUUAUACUGAGGCUUAUUUGGGCUUAAGGGAGAAUGGGAGGUUCCCUGUUUUAGCCCAAAGUAAGACAAUGGCAGGUAAAUUGAUGCUGCUUAAAUCUGCGUUGCCCUUUGUUAACGAUGGCAGUGUUCAUCCAUUGCUACACUCAAAUUUCAAAAUGUCUAUUAAGGACAAACUACUACCAUUCAAGGAUCACCUCACUCCGGGAGAGUUCAUCCCCACUAGACUUCUACAAUUCUUCCAGAUCCUUAAGCACAGAUUUCCUAAUCAUACGCUCAUUAGCUCCGAUUUCAACGCUUUGCCUAAUACCAUCAACGGCCACUAUAAUGCUCCAGUCGUGCAAACUGUGAUAAAAGACAGAAUGGUAGACGUUUCGACAUACAUGGUGCACCAAGGGUUCUUUGAUAUCAUGUUUCCUACAGACUUUGCUUUAGCCAGUGAAAUGUACAAGCAAAUCACCGGCAAGUUGGCAAGAGUAGAGCUGCAUAAGGAAUUCUUACUGCAAUGGGCUGAUGUGGACGCUGUCACAACGUUGAAGGGAGAAAAUCCCAUGUUAGAUUUUUACAAAAAUGUCAGCUUCAUGGUAAGCUAG